CACAACAACGAAGUCGGCUCUUCAUCGAUGUACUACCGCGACUACGAAGAAGAUUCAGCAUCGACUGCCUCAGGCUCUGCAUCGUCCUCGCCGCCAACACCACCAGCAGGUCAUCGCCUGUUCCCACUUCCGUCCCCACGCAUCAGUGACCCCCGACUCUGGACAUCGUCCACCAACCAUAGCGAAACAACGAAAGAAGUCCUCCAAUCCGUUCUCAAAGUCCGUAAAAGCUGGAAGACGCUACGUGGAGGCGAAACCGUCUGGCCGCUCGAGCUCGAGGCAGCAUUACUAGAGGGCCUCGAAUCAUACGUACCCGACGAUUCGCGCGAAACACGGCUGCUCGGCAGAUUCCCUCGUCGAAACCGGUUCAUCUCAGACUACAUCUAUGAGAAGACGGGGAAGCGUCGGUCUGCCAAACAAGUCGGCAGUAGGCUGCAGCAGCUGCGAGAAUCCUGCGGAGGCAAGAAACUUCUGCAUCUCCUCUCCCCCUUCCGCCAACCAUACCCUGACUCGUCUGCAUCCAGCGACAGCACAUGCACAUCUCCAGUCUCUCCACAAAUGACACCGUCUUAUACGCGGCACACAGUCGUCUAUAUCGACAUUCUGCCCGAUGGGUCCAGUGAAAUCGCUCCAGUAAAUCCCAACUGGCAAAAUUCGACGGGCGAAUUUAUUCGCGUUUCGGAUCGUGCUCGUCCGUUACGGAUGAUCAACCCCAGCGUCGCGUUCGUCUCGUCGACCCAAGUCAAUGCCCAAUCGCACUUCACAGUCUAUGCUGGCGAUCGAAUUAUGCAUGCCGAGAGCGUGACCCUGGUUCCGACAAGGGCAUCCCAAGUCUCUGGUGUUGUCUACAGUGCUUCGCUCGUUCCUGAUUACUGGAGAACAAUCACUGAAAGCCCAGAUCCCACGCGCUUUACCAUAUACCAGGAGGUCCGCAAAGACGACGAGGCCUCUACACUCAUCUUCUCAGCGACCUACAAGUUUGCGUAUCCCGACCCAACAACGGUAUCGCCAAGGGCAACUGGCUCACCCCAGAGCCGCCCAGAUAUGGAUGCGCUUCUUUCUGCCGCAUUGGAUCAAGAGCAAACCCAACCCCACCACAGCGAUCGAUACCCACUCUACCAUGACAUGCACCCACAGUGGUCCCGAGACAAUUCAAACUCGCCAACAGGUCUGCGAUCAGCGUACUCGAAUGGCGGCUCCGACCGCGACUCAUACGCGUGUUUCCCGCCGGACUUGACAAACUACGUAUUAUAA